CUGAAGUUGCCGCAGUCGAUUUUGAUUGUCCGUUUCAUAUUGGGAAAAGCCACUUCGGUAGUUCUUUUGCAUUUUUGGUUCUAAAUGUCUGGAAUAAAUUGCGCCAGAAAGUCUUAAUUUGCUUUUCUUCAUAAUAUUUAUCUCAGUGACAAAGUGAUUUUGCAGUUAUAGUUAAUAGUUUAAAUAAAUUUUAGUGGGCGAAGCAAGCAAGUGAUUGAAUCAAGUGGCCCCAAAAGAACCUUGUACGGCGCGCAAUUAGUGCAAGUGAGAAGUUAAAAUUGUUUGUGAUUUGGAAGUGAUAAAAAAGAAUGUUGAAAAACAAAUUGUGAGUUUACAAAGCCAAUUUCAAAAAGAAGGUCAAUGAUUUUCAGUUAAUUUGAAUUAAUUUUUGCAUGUGAACGUGAUAGAUACCUCCGCGGUGGUUUCUGUUAAUAAAACAAAAUUAAAAGAAAAUUUGCAUACAUCUGAAGCAGCAAAGAUAAAUCUACGAAACAGCAGUAAAACGAAGUGACGGCAUAAGAGAGCGGGUCAAAAAAGAAAUGGCGAUUGACGUACGACUGAUUAAAUUAAGGGAUUCGAUGUUCUAGUAGCAUCUUGCUGUAGAACACGUUUCUCAUUAAAAGCAACACAAACAAAAAACAACCCCGCAAACGCACACACGUUACACACAUACGCCCACCACACAUUCUGCACACAAGCAAACAAACAAAUAAAACACACAACAACCAUGUCAUCAUCAAUAAAAAGCGAUUCAUCGGCAUACAAUGCAGCCCACGGCAGCACAAUCACCAACAUCGUCGGCGUCACACAAUCAUCAACGACCACAUCAUCGUUAUCGUCAUCAUCAAUCAUUCGCAACAAUAAUGUCUCAGUGACCAAUAUCAAAUGCGAAGAGGAUCGCAAUAGCAGCAGCAGCUGUAGUCCCCUGCGAAAGAGUAUUCCAUCGUCUAUUGUCACAACAUCCUACUACAAUCAAGGUAAUGGAUCCAUCCGGAUUCCGGUUACUAAACGGGAUGACUCUGACUCGGAGAGCGAAUUGUCGCAUAUUGAAAACCUCAAGGUCAAUCGGCGAUCGGUCAGCCAAUCUGUGAAAAAUGGCCCAAGGCCAAUGUCAUGGGAGGGAGAAUUAUCUGACACUGAAAACGAUCCGAUGGACACUGAGAACUCGACCAGUUGCGACAAAACCUUCUCGAGUGCGCCAGUGACAGUGAUCAAAAACGAUCCAGAUCGAAAACCUAUACUUGAUCAGAUAUGUCUCGAGAUAAAUUCAUCACACUACAUAAGCAAAAAGCCACAGAGUGAUCCUAUUAAUCUUAAGUACGAGCCAGGACUUCUAGGCGAUCCCACCGGCGCCAGUAACUCGCCAUUGCUUGCACGUUCCAAGACGUCAGCCAAUUUGUUGCCUACUAACCCUAGCCCUGAUUCUGCCAUUCAUUCCGCGUACACGCACAGUUCACCAAGUGAGUCGCCCCUAACAUCCCGGCACGCCACUUAUACACCGUCAUUGAGUCGCAAUAACAGCGAUGCCUCACACAGCAGUUGCUACUCCUACAGCUCGGAGUUUAGCCCGACCCACUCCCCCAUCGCAGGCCGCCACAAUAUGUACGGUAGCUACAGUGGCGGCUCUCUUCAUCAUUCCGUUUUAUAUCGACCGACCAUCUCGGAUAGUGGCAGCAGUGCUGCCAGUUGUUCCUCGUCGGACCCACAGAAUCUAUCGCAAUCACAAGCCGCUGUUGUGGCAGCAGCGGCAUCUGCGCUGGCCGCAGCCUCUUCCACAUCAAUCUCGGUGAAUGGCUCUACUCCGCCCGGAAUCAAGACCGAGGAGCUGCUGUUCGAUAGUGAAGCCAUCCCUUCGGCGGGCAUUUCACGACAGCAGCUUAUCAACUCGCCGUGUCCCAUUUGUGGGGACAAGAUCUCUGGCUUCCACUAUGGAAUAUUUUCUUGUGAGUCCUGCAAGGGUUUUUUCAAGAGGACGGUGCAGAACCGCAAGAAUUAUGUGUGUGUGCGAGGUGGACCAUGCCCGGUCACCAUUUCAACGCGCAAAAAAUGUCCAGCAUGCCGCUUCGAUAAGUGCCUGCAAAAAGGCAUGAAACUCGAAGCUAUUCGAGAAGAUCGAACUCGAGGUGGACGCUCUACUUACCAGUGUUCUUAUACGCUGCCCAAUUCAAUGCUCAGUCCAUUGCUGAACAAUGACCAAUCUAACCAGCAACAACAACAACAGCAACAAAGUGGCUCUUCCCGCAUGGGAGUUAACGGCUUUGUCAUCAAGACAGAGCAACCAGACAGCAGCACGGGUGGAACAUCGACCCCAACACCAGGAAGUAGUAGUAACUAUCAACGUUCCACAAGUCACGAAAUACCCACCCUGCUGCAGGAGAUAAUGAACGUUGAACAUCUGUGGCAGUACAAUGCAACUGAGUUGGCACGACUGAAUCAACCAUUGUCGGCGUCGUGUUCCUCUUCGUCGACGUCGACGUCAUCAUCAUCGGCAUCGACAUCGGCGGCGACAUCUGGUAAUAAUAUUGCCUCAAAUCCGCUGCUGGCCAGCGCCGGUCUCUCAUCCAACGGCGAGAAUGCAAAUCCCGACUUAAUAGCCAACCUGUGCACAGUUGCUGACCAUCGAUUGUAUAAGAUUGUCAAAUGGUGCAAGAGUUUGCCACUUUUUAAAAAUAUUUCUAUUGAUGAUCAAAUUUGCCUGCUUAUCAAUUCAUGGUGUGAACUUUUAUUGUUUUCAUGUUGCUUCCGAUCGAUUGAUUCACCCGGCGAGAUUAAAAUCUCACAGGGCAAGUCAAUAAAUUUGGCUCGAGCGAAGUCGAAUGGUUUGCAGUCGUGCAUUGAACGGAUGCUCAAUCUGACAGACCAUUUACGACGAUUACGAGUGGAUCGGUAUGAAUAUGUUGCCAUGAAAGUUAUCGUUUUACUACAAUCAGAUACAUCGGAAUUGACGGAACCGGUCAAAGUACGUGAGUGUCAAGAGAAGGCAUUACAAUCUUUGCAAGCCUAUACGUUAGCCUUUUAUCCUGAAAUGCCAUCGAAAUUUGGUGAAUUACUUUUAAGGAUUCCAGAGUUACAAAGAACGUGUCAGCUUGGUAAGGAGAUGCUUACCAUUAAAUCUCGUGAUGGUGGAGAUUUUAAUUUACUUAUGGAACUUCUACGCGGAGAACAUUGACAAAAACUCAAAAAACCUACGAGGUAUCAUGCAUAAAGUUUAAUCCCGCCGUACGUCUUCGACAGCGCCGCCCAACAAACUGUGGCAAUGUCUUAACCACCAUCAUUUAAAAAAGCUAAAAACAUGGUCCACCUUCAUUAUUAGUACAUACCUAUUAAUUUUUUCAUGUGGAAUUGAAAAUUGCAUGCAAAACACAAAAUUAACGUGCCUAAAAUUGAACAAUUACAAAAAUAAACAUACAAAAUAAAUUAGUUUUAUAUUUAACUUAAAAACAAAAAAUCAUUCAUUAAAUCGCCAAAUUUCUGUUUAUUCUUUUCUAUAAUCUUAAACCUAAAGACGUAAACACAAUAAAAACAAAUGCAUGACUGUAAACUCAAAAAGAAAAAAAAGAAUAUUAAAAAGAACUCUUAAAGUAUAAGCCAAUAAAGAAAGCAGCUUUACAUGUUCCAUGGGAAUAUAAAUAUAUACAAAACAAAUUAAAUUCAAACCCUAACUAAUUCCAGUGAUAAUAAUGAAAAAAAAUCUUUUUCUUUUUACUUAAAUUAAACUGUGCAAAUGAUUUAUAACUAAAAAACAAAAAUAGAAAACAUAUAAAAGAUAUAUACUUAAUUAUAAAAGAAUAGUUUUAAGCAUCUCUCCCACGAUUGGUUUAAAAAAAUUGCUUUAAUUAUAUAAUUUUCCUUAUUUUUAAAUACAAAUUUACAUAGAACUUAGUAUGAAAUCAGAAUUUCGUCCGUAGCCUUAAAAAGGAAAUCGAUGACGAGAUGUUUAUUUUUUAAUCUUAUUAUUAUAUUAUUAUUUUGAACAAUUAGUAAAUAUGUAUUUAUUUUUAUUUACAUGUUUUCUAUACAUAAAUAGAAAUAUAUUUUUUUUUUAUUAAUUUUUAAUUAAUAGAAUAUUUUGUAGUAUCUUACAAAAAUAUAUGUAUAAUCAAAAUUCAAGUUUUGUUUUUCUUUUUUUUACUUUUUAUGUAAGUUAAUUUUUAAUUUUAAUUUAAUUAUGUUUUUUUUUUAUUCUAUUUAAAAAGCAAUGCAAUACAGAAUAUUGAUAAAUAUAGUUUUAAUUUUAUGAAUUGUUGUUUUGUUUUUCUUCUAUGAGUUGUGUUUUUUUAUGAUUUGAUUGUUAAGAUUGUAGUUAUACUAAAUAAUCAUCAAAGAACAAAAUAAGGGACCAAGAGAUUUAUAGAAAUUAGUUAAUUAAAAAAAUACUUGAGUAUGGGAUGAGAAAAUUCUAUGCAUGGAAUUAAAUAUGAUUUUCAAAGAAUUUUAACAAUCCUGAUCCAAUUUUUCCAACUUUAAAAACAAUUU